AUGGUCCUAUGGUGUCGACAUCUCAUCUGUGUCGGCUUUCAUACUAUACCGACAAGUGAGGGUCGGAAUGAUGUCUUUGCGGCACUAUAUACUCACUGGCCAGUGGCACCAAAAGUCGUCGUGUACGAUUUCGGUUGUCAGCUUGCUCCCUAUGCCUGGGUGCGUGAAGCUCAGUUCUUCCGGGACACACGUUUUGUGGUCGACCAGUUUCACGCCUCUGGCCAUACAAAAUGCAGUCGAGCAUCAUCUGCCACAUUUGCAAUGCAGCACGAUCCGAUCCUCCAAUCAGUCAAUACAAGUGCAGCAGAAAUUGGAAACUCAGGUGUGAGCAAGAUACGGAAAAGUGUCAGCUAUAUGACACAGUAA